AUGCCCUGGCUUCGUCAACUCUCCUCAAUAUCCAAGCCUUUUCGUCGCAUUGAGUCUGCAAAACAACUGGCUAGGAGAAUGACUGCUCUUCCCAACACCUACGAGGGUGCGUCUAUCCCGAGCCCGUGGAGCCCGUUGAGCCCACGACCCCUCCCCCCCGCUAUCUUGCUGACACUCGCAUAUCGCAUCAGGCCCUGUCCCUAUCGCUGUCAUUGGCGGCACUGGACUGCGCGAGCUGCCUGGAUUCACCCAGGUUGCCUCCCUGUCUAUCUCGACUCCCUGGGGCGAACCGUCCUCCCCAUUACCAUCUUGCACCACCAGUGCAAGCACAAUUCCAAGACCGUUGCCGUCGCGUUCCUGAGCCGCCACGGCGCUCACCACCAGAUCGCCCCCCAUGAGGUCCCUGCCCGUGCCAACAUCGCCGCCCUGCGCUCCAUUGGUGUUCGUAGCAUCAUUGCCUUUUCCGCCGUCGGCAGUCUCCAGGAGGAAAUCAAGCCCCGUGACUUUGUCAUCCCCGACCAGAUCAUUGACCGCACCAAGGGUGUUCGUCCGUGGACCUACUUCGAGGGCGGCGUUGUCGCCCACGUUCCUUUCGGUGAUCCCUUUGAUGAGGGAAUCGCCGAGGUUGUUCGCAAGUGCGGACACAGCCUAGAGGGCGAUGGUGUGGUUCUGCAUGAUCGGGGCACCAUUGUCUGCAUGGAGGGUCCCCAGUUCUCCACCCGCGCUGAGAGCAACAUGUACCGUGCCUGGGGUGGCAGCGUGAUCAAUAUGUCCGUCCUGCCCGAGGCUAAGCUGGCCCGCGAGGCCGAGAUCGCCUACCAGAUGAUCUGCAUGUCCACCGACUACGACUGCUGGCACAGCUCUGCCGAUGUCACCGUCGAGAUGGUCAUGGGCAACAUGAAGGCCAAUGCCGACAACGCUCGUCGUUUCGUUACGGCUGUCCUCGAUGCCCUCGCUGCCGAUGAGCACACCGAUCUUGUACAGGCCAAGCACUUGGCUGGCGGUAUCAAGUUCGGUGUCAGUACCGCUCAGACCCAGUGGAGCCCCGAGGCCAAGAAGAAGCUCGACUGGUUGUUCCCCGGUUACUUCUAA